GGGUAUUGGAAUGUGGAAAGAGUCUCCGCAGUCCUCACCAGAAGCAAAAAGACUGGGUUUUGGCGUUAACCUAAGCGAAGAGAGAGAGAGGUUGAAGAAGGUGAAUUGAAUGGCUUCCUCAUCCUCUUAUCCUCGGACGAUCGAGGGAAAGAACUAAGUUGGAUGAUUGAUGAGUGAUCAGGAAGGUGAAGAAGAGUAUGGGUCUGAAUCGGGAUGGGUGGAUGCUCGAAGUUGGUGCGAUCACCUGGCAUCAUCCUUAUCGGAGGAUCUAGGGCAGAUUCCGGGGCCUGAUACUCCGUGCCAGACCUGCCAACACCCAACUGAAAACUGGUUGUGUCUGUCCUGUAAGCAGGUCCUCUGUAGCCGUUUUGUGAACAAGCACAUGCUCCACCAUUCUCGUGACACUAAUCUCACUCACUGCGUCGCCCUCAGUUUCAGCGAUCUCUCCGUCUGGUGUUUCUCCUGCGACGCUUACUUGGAUCCUCAACUCAUUCCCCAACUCCGUCCUCUUCAUCAACUCGCCUAUAUUUUGAAAUUCGGUCAGCCUCCACCAAUUCCAUCCCCCAGUCUUUGAUUCUCAUUCAUUGCCUUUAUUAACUCUAUUUUCUGCAAUGCUUUGCCUUUGUGUUAAAGGCGAAUUUAUCGGAUUGCCUAAGUAUGUUUUUCCCCCAACUAAACUAGUGAUUAGAGAGGUAAUGCUGAUUAUAAUUACAUAUUUAUGUAUCAGAUUAUGUGAACUCCCCCGAAAUAAAAAAAAAUACCUCUAAUCAUUAUUUAUACGGUACGGCUUUCUUAAUUUAUAUGUAAAUCUAAUUAGCUUCGCAGGCCUCUAAAUGGAAUUGGUUUACAUGUAAGAUUAUAUGUGGCGACGACGGGGUAGGGUGCACCAACAGAUCACUAGACUAGAAAUCAAUUUCUCCCUUAUUCCCUUCGGCCUCCUUUUGAAGAAAGACUUGUAUGAAUGUAAUUAAGUUCAACAACUUCAAAAUGGGGUUUAGUUAAAUACAAAUGCUAUGUUGAUUGUUGAGUGAAUGAAUCACCCAAGUUUCACACA